AUGACUAGUGGUAUCAAGCUCUCUUUUGCCAUGCUCUUCUUCUUGUUCUACGCUUUUAUGGUGACGGGUGUGCUCUCUCAAGCACCCCCAACCCCACCAAUUUCUCUAACCGUCGAUCAGUCCGGCAAUGGUGACUACACUAAAAUACAAGACGCCAUUGACGCCGUGCCGUCUAACAACGCCGCGCGUGUGUCUAUUUUGGUUCGACCUGGUGUCUACCAAGAAAAAGUUCAUGUGCCUGUAGACAAACCCUUUAUAACAAUGAGUGGCACAAACACAGAGCAUACCAUGAUAACAUGGAACCAAGCAGGAUGGAUAAAUCAAACCUCAGUCUUCACUGUGUGGGCUUCUGAUUUUAUAGGGCGCCAACUCACAAUUCAGAAUACAUAUGGAACCGGUGACAAAACAGUGGCGCUAAGAGUAUCAGGAGACAGAGCAGCAUUCUAUGGGUGCAGAAUUUUGUCUCAUCAAGAUGCCUUAUUUGACGAGAUUGGCAAGCACUACUACAAAGACUGCUACAUUCAAGGAGACACUGAUUUUAUAUUUGGAAGCGCUGAUUCUUUAUAUGAGAAUUGUCACUUGCAUACACUUUCGGGUCAAAACGGCGCUAUUACGGCCCAACGGAGGACUUCUCCUUUAGAGGAAUCUGGGUUCACCUUUUUGUGGUGCAACAUCACCGGCGUCAAAACGGCACUCCUGGGAAGGCCAUGGGGGCCAUAUGCCAGAGUCAUAUUUGCCUACACUCAAAUGUCAAAUGUAAUUCUGCCACAAGGUUGGGACAGUUGGAGGCUAUCACCCUACGACUUAAGUAAGGUUUUCUAUGGGGAAUACAACUGUUUUGGACCGGGAGCCGUGACAACACGAAGAGUUAAUUGGGCACACAAGCUUACCACCAGAGAAUUUGCACCCUUCAUGGCUCAGGCUAGUGCCCUUCGGCGUACGAUAAUUGGUCUUGACGGAGGAAGAGGGCAACAUGUAGCUCCCACUAUGGUUCGUCCCGGCAGCGGAGGAGGAGGUGGAGGAGAGCAACAUGGAGCUUCCACUCCCAUUGGAAGAGAAGGAAACAAAGCGAAGGAGAAUGAGAGAAAUAGACAAGGCGCUCCACCUCGAGCUCUCACUGCCACGCCCACUCCCAUUGGAGGAGAAGCCGCUCCACCUCGAGGUCUCACUGGCCCGCCCCCUCCCAUUGGAGGAGAAGGCACUCCACCUCUAGUUCUCACUGCCCCGCCCCCUCCCAUUGGAGGAGAAGGCACUCCACCUCUAAUUCUCACUGCCCCACCCCCUCUCAUUGGAGGAGAUGCCCCGCCCGCUCCCAUUGGAGGAGAAGCCGCUCCACCUCGAGCUCUCACUGGCCCGCCCCCUCCCAUUGGAGGAGAAGGCACUCCACCUCUAGUUCUCACUGCCCCGCCCCCUCCCAUUGGAGGAGAAGGCACUCCACCUCUAAUUCUCACUGCCCCACCCCCUCUCAUUGGAGGAGAAGGCACUCCACCUCUAGUUCUCACUGCCCCACCCCCUCUCAUUGGAGGAGAUGCCCCGCCCGCUCCCAUUGGAGGAGAAGCCGCUCCACCUCGAGCUCUCACUGCCCCGCCCCCUCCCAUUGGAGGAGAAGGCACUCCACCUCUAGUUCUCACUGCCCCACCCCCUCUCAUUGGAGGAGAAGGCACUCCACCUCCAUCUCUCACUGCCACGCCCCCUCCCAUUGGAGGAGAAGGAGAAGGAGAGGGAAACAAAGAGAAGGAAAAUGGGAGAAAUAGCCCAGAGCAGGCUCCCGCUUCCGCUGCAUGGCUCAUCAUUGAGGGGUCGAAUAAUGAUGUGGAACGGAGUAGUGGUUCUCCUCGAGUAGGUGCAGCCCGUCUAGGUCUUCUGGGGUCUUUUCUCUUUAUAUUUUUAUAA